ACCAUAGCCAGUCUGGCACCGUAUCCUUCUGUCUCAGGUGUUGCAGAUUGUGGAUUUUUCACUUUUCGUGUCUCUGAAAGGAGAAUGACUUCCAGUCUAGACUCAGUCUUGGGGAUCCUCAUCCUGGCUGCCCUGCUGAUCAAACAAAGAACCUGGGCCACUAAUGACCAUGUAAUCAGCUCUGUGACAUUUGUUCAGACCCACAAACCAUCUGGGCAGUACCUGCAUGAAUUUGAUGAGCAUGAGCUAUUCCAUGUGGACUUUGACCAGAAGGAAACAGUCUGGAGGCUUCCUGAGUUUGGGCACAUCUUCAGUUUCGAUGCACAGAUUGGGCUAGGUGACAUUGCUGUGGACAUGGCUAACUUGAACCAACUUAUCAAGCAAACCAACCACACCCAGGCCACCAUUGUGACUCCAGAGGUGACAGUGUUUCCCAAGGAGCCCGUGGAACUGGAAGAACCCAACAUCCUCAUCUGCCACGUUGAUAAGUUUUCACCCCCAGUGGUUAAUGUCACAUGGUUGUGCAAUGGAGAACCAGUCACCACAGGGGUAUCUGAGACUGCCUUAAUGCCUCGGGAUGACUAUUCUUUCCAUAAGUUCCAUUAUCUCACUUUCCUCCCCUCAGCCAAUGAUGUCUAUGACUGUGUGGUUGAACACUGGAGCCUGGAAAAGCCACUUUUCAAGCAUUGGGACACAGAGAAACUCCGACUCAGGCAAGGACAGACCCCAUGCUCUGGACGAGUGGAGAUCUGGCACAAUGGCUCUUGGGGGACAGUAUGUGAUGACUUAUGGGACCUAGCAGAUGCCAAUGUGGUUUGUCAGCAGUUGGGCUGUGGCUCUGCUGUGGCUCCCCUGGGAGGGGCUGCAUUUGGCCCAGGAAAUGGGACCAUUUGGCUGGAUGAUGUACAGUGCAGAGGGAGGGAGUCCUCUCUGUGGGAUUGCCCUGCAAGGCCUUGGGGGCAGAACGACUGUAAGCAUGAGGAGGAUGCUGCUGUGAUAUGCUCAGGAUUUGUCCAGCUGGUUGCGGGGAAUGGGCCCUGUAUUGGGAGGGUUGAAGUCAAUUCUGGAACAAAACAGGGCACGGUCUGUGAUUGGAAUUUUACUUUUUCUACUGCCAAAGUAAUUUGUGCUGAGUUACAGUGUGGGACUGCAGUCUCCAUCAUGAAAAGUGCUCACUUUGGAAGAGGAAAUGGAUACAUCUGGGAUAAAGAAUUCCAAUGUAAUGGAAGUGAACCGCUUCUGUCAUUAUGCCCCACAGUACCACUUCCACAGGGGAAAUGCAAUCACGGCAUGGAUGUUGGAGUCAUUUGUUCAAGGUACACAGACUUUCGUCUGAUGAAUGGAAGCUCCCAAUGUGAAGGAAGAGUGGAGAUCCAAGUUUUUGGGGCCUGGAGAACUCUCUGUGACUCCCACUGGGACCUGGCAGAUGCCAACGUUCUCUGCCAUCAGCUCAACUGUGGUGUUGCCAUGAAGCCUCCAGAAGAUAUACACUUUGGCAAAGGAAGUAUCCCGAUCAUAAGGGAUACAUUUUAUUGCACAGGCACUGAGUCUCAUUUAUGGAAUUGUUCUGUGACUAUCUUGGGGACUUCUCCAUGUUCCAAAGGAAAAGUUGCCUCUGUGGUCUGCUCAGGAAACCAGACACAGUCCCUCACAUUCAAUAAUUCACAGUCUGACCAGGAAAAGGUACCUGUCCUAUUUUCAGAAAAUGGACAGCUUCGACUGUUGAAUGGAAGAGGUCCCUGCUCUGGAAGAGUUGAAGUCUACUACAAUGGUACCUGGGGGACUAUCUGUGAUGAUUCUUGGGACCUGAGUGAUGCCCAAGUGGUGUGCAGGCAGCUGGGCUGUGGAGUGGCCCUCAAAGCCAUGGACUCUGCUCACUUCGGACAAGCAUCAGGGCCUAUCUGGCUAGAUGAGCUUAGCUGCUCUGGAAAUGAAUCCCACCUAGGAGAGUGCCCUUCCCUCCAUUGGGGUCGGCAUGACUGCAGGCACAAAGAGGAUGCAGGAGUCCUCUGCUCAGAAUUCCUGGAUCUUAGGCUGGUGAGUGAGGACCAUAAGUGCUCUGGGUGGCUAGAGGUUUUCUACAAUGGAACAUGGGGUAGUGUUUGUUCCAACCCCAUGGACUACGAUACUGUAUCAGUGAUUUGCAGACACCUGAGUUGUGGUGCUAAGGGGCAUAUUGAAACAUUGUCUAGCCCCCAAAAAAGUUUGCAGCCCCGGUGGAUAGACAAAAUCAACUGCCAAGGUCAAGAAUCCUUCCUCUGGCAUUGUCCAUCUCAAUCUUGGCACCAGAAUUCUUGCCACCGAGACGAAGCCUUUAUCACAUGUGAAGAAAGGAAGGUCAUUGACUGCCCAACCUCUGGUAACUGCACAGACACAGAGAAACUCCGACUCAGGCAAGGACAGACCCCAUGCUCUGGACGAGUGGAGAUCUGGCACAAUGGCUCUUGGGGGACAGUAUGUGAUGACUUAUGGGACCUAGCAGAUGCCAAUGUGGUUUGUCAGCAGUUGGGCUGUGGCUCUGCUGUGGCUCCCCUGGGAGGGGCUGCAUUUGGCCCAGGAAUUGGGACCAUUUGGCUGGAUGAUGUACAGUGCAGAGGGAAGGAGUCCUCUCUGUGGGAUUGCCCUGCAAGGCCUUGGGGGCAGAAUGACUGUAAGCAUGAGGAGGAUGCUGCUGUGAUAUGCUCAGUUGAGAAGACAACGUUACCAUCUACUACAAAAGCUUUGUCCAGAUAUAGGGAUUCUCUUUCUGAAGCCAUGUAUGAAGAGAUUGAUUACUACCUGACAGGGGACAAGGAGGACCUUCUGAGCAGCCCAGAUAUCUCAAGUCAGCCUGAUGAUACCCCAGGUGACAGGUAUGAUGAUGCUGAAGAAUUAUCUGGGCCUGAAAUUCCCACUUUCACCCAGAUGAAUGAGGAGAUUACUCUGGCGUGUAUGAAUAACUGGGAUGAGCACAGGGCAUCACACACAGGUCAGUCUCCUAAGUUCUUUGGGGGAUCCUCUGAGUCCAGGCUGGGAGAAGAUAACCCACCAAUGUCUUCUGAGGACCUGGGAUAUGAUGAAGCUGAGAUUGGUGUCCCUCAGAUGUCACUUUAAGACCAUCAGCUACAAGCAGUCUCUUAAUAAAUGCUUAUUGAAUUGGUGUGGAGUGGAAUCAGUUUCCUGUGAUACUUGAAGUAGUUUUAGAAUUUGCCUGCCCUCCAACACUCUAUCCUGAGAGGACAAUAUUGAGGGUUUCCUCUCCACCCCUUCUUAUGUGGUGAACACCUCUCCACUACCCUGAACUCUCCCAGCAGGGUGUGAUUUUAGCCUCUAUUACAAAUGCUUCUCCUUCAAGACAUUUACUUCUAAAAUUUCCCUCUUUUAUCUUUCUUCUUUUCCUAUGUGCUCACCCCUAAACCUGCCUUUACCUACAUCUUAUUCUCUAAUCUCCUAAUCUCUACCUUUUCUUUCAGUCCUCUACCCACAAUAUGACUUCAUUUGUCUUCCUACCCUUCACUAAUAAACUGAUCAGCCUUCUCAACUGUUCAGAAAACUUCUGUGCAAGCAAAGAUGCUUUAUGAAGAGUCCAGGCAUGUUUUCUGGGCUAUAGAGAACACACCUCUUCAAAGGAGCACCUUCUCUGUUGAAUUACCAGACAAUAAAAGUUAGUGUUCUCCCAUACUCCUCCACACAUGGAGAUCUCAUAUUCACUCUCAGUUGAACAGGAGACUUUGAAUCUAACAUCCUAGUUCUUUUCAAUCCCUUCUUCUAUCUUCCAUAAGAGCCUCCCUUGAUUCAGGGAUCAAUCUAUGGCCCUAUAUGCAUCAUAGUCUGGGUUUUUGCUUUGGCAUUACUCCCCUGACCUAGUUGAUGAAAGAAAGUAUUAUUAGUUAGCAACUAUGAGGGAGAUCCAGGCUUUUUCCUUGUCCUAUUUGCUUGUUUGAAGCCCAGUCUUUGAAGGACAUUACUGACCUCUGCCCAAAAUUUACCCCACCUAGAUCAUCUUACCUAGAUGAAUUUCUGCUCGUUGUGUUCUACCCAGGUUUGGAUGGGGAUAAAUUCUUUCAUUAAAUUGCACAAGACUAGAGCUAAUUUGGAAAUAAAUUACAUGAUUAAAGUCAUAUCUGCCAGCCCCUUAUUAGAAUAGGUCCACCUUCCAUAAUAAUAUUCAUUCUCUUUCAUUACUUGUUAAUGAAUCAGAGUCAAUUGCCACCCUCAGGAACACCCACUCUUACAAUGGCAUAUAAGUGUUGAGUGGGUUCCAUAAAGGUCUUGGACAUUAGAGAGUAUCACUGAUCUCUUUUAUUGAUAUUAUGCUAGCCUUAUUAAUAAAAUGAUUAAUU